UUUUUUAAAAUAGAAUAAGAAAAUGCUUCCAGCAGUCAAAUGGCUAAAUUCAAAUACAAACAAAUUAUUUGUUAUAGACCAAGAAAUGUUUAGCCUUUGCCGUGUUGUUGAAGACAAAAAUGAAUUUAAUAAUGGGGAUAUAAAUAAUAAAUUAAAUAAUAUUAAACAAUUAAAUACUUGUGCAGUGACUAAACAAGAACAAGACACACUCCGCACCUUUGCGUUGGACCAUUCACCUGAAAGUUAUUUGGCUUUGGGUUAUUCUACUGGAAGAAUAAGUAUAUUUUCUGCUGAAAAUGACCAAACAUUGAGGCGUGCAAAAGACUUUAAUGAUACAUCCAAAAGUAUUUCUUGUAUGCAGUGGAGUUAUGUGGAUAUAAACAAAAUUUGUGUUGCUUAUGAACGAGGUAGAGGGGCAGAUUAUUCUGUCAUUGUAUACGAUUUGUACAAAUUAUUGAGACAACACCCAAGAGAGCAAUGCGUUUCUAUUUUUGAAUUAAAUUUGGCAGAAAAGAUUGCUGGAAUUUCUUGGCUAAAGGAUGAACCAAAUCUAUUACUAAUUAGUGGAAGUAGAGGACUAAGAAUUGCAGAUAUUCGUGAACAUGGAAAUUUUCAAAGUGUUUUGGGCGUUCAAACAUCUUUGAUGGGUGUUUGCAGCGAACCAACAGCUGGACACCUUUUUGCAUGUCACUCAAGAAAUUAUUUAUAUAUUUAUGAUAGAAGAUAUUUAAAUUAUUCUCCAGUACAUGCAAUUGAAGCUUGCUCAUCAAAUAAAAUAAUAAAUAAAAUUAGUUGGCAUCCAAAAAGAAGUUUUAAUAUUUCUUUAAUUGCAAAAGAUUCUGGAAAUUUUUAUAGUUUUUCUAUUUCAAAAAAUGCUUUUAUACAGCAAGAAAAAUGUGAAAUAAUUAAUGAACAACCACAGAAGAAUAAUAAUAACAGCAAUAAUAAUAAUACUAGUCCUAGAAGUGAAAUGGCUGGAUAUGCUUAUGGAAGUAAACUAUUUUAUGUUCCAGGCAUUCCGAAAUUAGGUUCAUUCGAUUGGCAUCCACAUAUUGCUGAUUCUAUUGUUUUUCUUUCUUCAAAAUUUAAUAUGGCUGAAUUAACGAAGGAUCUCGCGAUAAUUAAGCAUCGAGAAGAUGUUUCAACAGCCAUUGCUUGUGAUAACGAAUUUGCUUUAAUUACUGGUAGACGAUUAAAAUUCGAAAAUGGAUUUCAAAAUAUUCCUUUAAAUGAAGACAAAGUUAAAAUUUUAAAACAAAGGGCUAUAGAUGGAUAUGGUUAUGGAAAUACUUUAAGUUGUACACAAACUUUAAUCGACUCUUCUCUCAAAAUUAUUGAAAAAGAUAAAUUUGCGGAUGAUGAUUUACGUUUUUGUUGGCAUUGGAUAUAUUCAAUGUUUAAUUCUCCUGAUGCUGGUGAAAUGCAUAAAAAUUAUGGAACUAUUUUUGUUGGCGUUAGACAUAUACUUACCGGAGCAAAAGCAACCUCAACUAUUAAACAUGAUGAGAUUACAUUUAGAAAUCGUUUAUUUAUUAAUGAUUCUCGACUUAAAGUUCUUCGAAUGUGUAAUUGGCCAAAUUAUAGUGACAGAGAAGAAUGUAAAGUUGUUUUGGAUGAUUUAUCAGCAAGUGGACAUGUUGAGGAAAUUGCUAGGGUUGCUGCAAUAGCUUUAUUUUGUGUGCAGGGAAUGCUUUGUUUGGAGUAUUUAAAAGAAUUUAAUGAGCGUGUAAACUCUCCCGAAUUUAUUGAAAAUCGAGAACCUGAAAUUGUAAAUUCUUAUCAAAAAAUGGCUGAUAUUAUUUUAAAUAUAUUUCAACGUUAUGAUGGUGUUAGAGUACCAAAUUAUGAAAAUGUUUGUGAAGAAUUGAGUGAUGAUGUUUAUUUACUUGCUAUUGUUAAAUUUCUUGCUAGACGUGACAAAAUUUACAAUAAAAUUUAUAAUGAAAUAUUUGAGAGUAAUAUUCGAUUAGAAGAUAAAUUAGCAUUUGCUGUACUUCACAUGGAUGACGAUUUUUUAAAUUCUGCGUUGGAUAAACUUACAAAUGAACUUUUGUCUUUAUGCCCUCUAAGUGCUUUAUUUAUUGUUGGAUUAAAAGAUGAUCCUGUUUCUCAUAUGGUUUUACAUCGUUAUUUGGAUAUGUCAUUUGAUAUUCAAACAACAACACUUCUUUUAUCAAUUGGAAAUUGUUUUCAAGGCUGUCGAUUUAUUAAUGAUACUUCCCUUAUUGGAAUAAAAUCUUCGGAAUUAUUGGAAAGAGCAAUUGAUUCUGAAGACGUCAACAAUUUAAGAAGAAAAAGUUUGUUGUGUUUUAGAGAUUAUAUGGAAUUGUUAAAUCAAUGGAAAUUAUGGCUACAAAAAACUUUUCUUUGUACUUUUCUUCGUCCAGAUACUCAUUAUGAUGAAGCUGAUGUUAGGCCGAAUGUUGCUAAUAUUCAGGCAGUUAUCGCCUGCAACUUUUGUGGAGCUCCAAUAUACCCUUCGAUAGCUGGACGUAUCGAAAAUUUACGAACCCCAAAAGUCAUAAGCAGCAGCACCUUCAAUCGACGAAUGGGAGCAUCACAUUCUGCUAGAACAAGAACCCUUUCCUGUAUUUGUCGAAAGCCUUUACCCAAAUGUAUUAUUUGUAGACGAAGUUUGGGUAGCCAAGCAGAACCUGAAGCCGAAAUGGAAUUGAUGAAUAGCAGUAAUAUUAAAGAAAAGGGUUCAAUGAUUGAUCAUUGGUUUGUUUGGUGUGCUCUGUGUUCUCAUGGCGGCCAUUUAUCCCACAUUCGUGAUUGGUUCAACGAACACUCAGUUUGUGCUUCUUCUGGUUGUGAUUGUAAGUGUUCACUUGGUGAAGAAAAUAAUUGUCUUAGUUAA